CAUCACGAUAAGUUCUCCUGCCCAGAUAACUAGUAAAGGGAACGGGCAGUUUGUUCCUAAUCGGACCAGCAUGCUGCAGAGGACUAUAUCCUCAGAGUAGCUUGCGAAGGCCUAGGAAGCUGGAGCCGUACAGAUAGCCGUACUGCGGUAAAUUCUCAUUAAAGAAGAAGGAGCAACAGCGGCAACAACAAAGGUGUGCAAUCGAAGAUGAAAACUGGCCGGAUUCCCGUUCGCAGCCGGAUCAGGCAGCAGGAGCUGAACCCGGUGUUUCACUUGCAGAAGGCCGAGGAAGACAACCAAAUCCUGACCCGCGGGAAGAUCAAGCAGGCGCUGAAAACGGGCGUUCUGAACCUGGCCGGCAAAGGCCUAGCCUCAGUGCCGGAAAAGGUUUGGAACCUGAGUGAUUCGGAUGAAAACGAGAAGGAGGUACGAUACGAUCUGGACCGCACGCAGGAGGAGGAUAGCUGGUGGAAUCAGAAGAGUCUGACGGCGCUCGAUCUAAGCUCCAACACGCUUACGGUGAUCAGUGAAAACAUACAAAACUUGGCCGAUCUAACGGUGUUGAAUCUACAAGAUAAUGCCUUAACCAGCCUGCCGGAGGGAAUCGGAGCGCUAACAAAGCUUAGCAAGCUGAAUGUUGCCCGCAACAAACUGGCCGAACUGCCCGAUAGCUUUUUUGGGUUGAAGGAGCUAAAGCACCUCAAUUUGUCGCACAACGAGUUCCCGGAGGUGCAUCCCAACAUAAGCGAUUUGAUUAUGCUCGAAACGCUGGACAUUUCGUUCAAUAGCAUUAACCUACUACCCGGUGGCAUUGGGUUUCUGGUGCGCCUUCAGCAGCUAACACUGAACAAUAACCGACUAACGGAGCUACCGAAUGAUAUAGUCAAUCUGCGCAAUCUGCACAAGCUCGAUCUUUCGAAGAACGAUCUGAAACGGCUUCCGCCCGUGAUGGGGGAGCUACGCAAGUUGGAGUGUUUCUAUGUGCAGCACAACGACAUCGAUGAGCUGCCUGAUUUUACCGGUUGCGAAGCGCUUAAGGAGUUACAUAUGGCCAACAAUUUCAUUCGCACGCUGCCAGCGGAUUUCUGCGAAAAUCUGCCCCAACUGCGGGUACUCGAUCUACGCGACAACAAGAUCGAACGCCUGCCGGACGAGAUCGCGCUCCUGGCGAGUCUGACGCGGCUCGAUCUUUCGAACAACACGAUCAGCAGCCUACCGUCGUGCCUGUCGACGCUGGCCCAUCUCGUUAGCCUGCAGGUCGACGGUAAUCCCAUUCGCUCGAUUCGUCGCGACAUCAUACAGUGCGGUACGCAGCGCAUCCUGAAGACGCUGCGCGAGCGCGACGGACCGAAGCAGUCCAACAGCCGUUCGACGGAAACGUCGACAACGUCAUCGAAGGGAACGGGUGGGUUCUUCGAAGAAGCGGCCACUUUCCCGGACGUGUAUCAGAUGCGCAAGGGCCGUGCACUAAUCGUCAGCUCGAAGGCCCUGGUCGACAUGCCAGAGCAGGUGUUUUGUGAUGCACGCGAAGCGGCCGUCUACAAUGUGGACGUGAGCAAGAACAAGUUGGCAGAAGUGCCGGCUGGACUGGCACUGCUCGCUUCGCAGCUGACCGAGCUAAACGUGAGCUUCAACUUGCUGCGAACCGUUCCAUCAUUCUUCUCUCAGUUCGACAAAAUCGCUUACCUCAACCUGUCCAACAACUCGCUCGAAGAGCUGCCCGAGGUAGUCGGGCUGCUGGUCACGCUUCGAGAGCUGAACGUUGUCAACAAUCAGCUACGAUGCCUGUCCUCGUCUGUAUACGAGCUAAAAGGGCUCGAGAUACUUUUAGCCAGUGGUAAUCGGAUCGAGGAAAUCGAUGCCUCUGAGACGGGGCUAGGUGCACUGAAGCGUUUGGCGACGCUAGAUCUGGCGAACAACAACAUCAAACACGUUCCGCCCGUACUAGGCACGCUGAAGAACAUCACAACAUUAGAGUUGAUUGGGAACAGCUUCCGACAGCCACGGCAUCAGAUAUUGGAAAAAGGAACGGACUCAAUUAUGGCCUAUCUGCGGGAUCGUAUACCCCAGUGAACCUGGAUGCGGAGUGUCAUAUGGUGUACCGACUAC